AUGAAGAGAGCAAAAAAUUUACAGAAUUGUUUUGAUUCCAUUGAUAGGGGUUUGGUUGAAGAGAUUGUAGAAAGGGUCACUUCAUCAUCAUUCACAGAUUUAAUAAAUCUUCGACUAAGUUGCAAGCUUCUUAAUGAUAUAGGAAGUCAGCAAUGGGUAUAUGGGAAGCUGUCGCUGCAAGAGUUUCACAUUAAUCCAUGGGUACGCUUAAGGAAUGUGAGGAACAUACCAUUCAUCGCUUUCAUGGACAAAAGCAUAGACUGUGGAAAUACAAAAGCCAUGUAUCAGAAAGAUGCUGCCCUAGAAUUAAUUCACAAAGCUUCGAAAGGAGGACACGGUGCUGUAAAAUAUGCUUUUGGCAUAAUAUCGAUAUGCUUAGGCGGUGUAUAUAAAGAACAAGGGGUAAAGACAAUUGGCGAAAUGAAGGUUACGAAAGAACAAAGAGAGAUAACAUGGGAGUAUCGACGUAGAUUUCAAGAAAUGAAGGAAUCUUAUUUUGUGUUAAAUCCUAUAUUUGAUAAUAAACCCUCGAGUUGUUGCACUAUUAAGAAUGUUCCUCUUGUUCGUAAGAGUGGCUGGGAUAGUGCAGAUGAUGAGGAAGAUGAGCAUUGCUAUGCAUGUAGCAGUGAUGAAGAAAUUAGGCAAUUUGCUUACUACUACUAG